AUGUCUUCAGAGCCAUCCUCAUACCUUCCCUACGACGAACCCGAUAUAGUCACAAUCUUAAUUCAAUCGUCAUUUCUUCUCGCUCUGAACAUUAUCAAUCAUAUCUUUGACAACCUCAUUUUCUGUGGUCUUAUCGGCCAGAUCUUUAUAGGCGUAGCAUGGGGUACACCAGGAGGAAAACUGCUCAACUCAGAAACAGAACAUGUGAUUGUACAACUGGGAUAUUUGGGACUUAUACUUUUGGUGUAUGAAGGAGGCCUUCAAACCGAAUUCUCCGCUCUAAAAGCAAAUGCACUGCUCUCAUGUGCAGUAGCCAUAACAGGCAUCGUCGUUCCAAUCGGCCUCUCAUUCAGUCUUCUAUCCCUAGCCUCAGCUACACCACUCCAAGCUUUUGCAGCAGGUGCAGCACUUUGCUCUACCAGUCUAGGAACUACAUUUACUAUUCUGAGCACAAGUGGUCUCGCCACUACCCGUCUAGGAGUCGUUCUUACUAGUGCAGCUAUGAUGGAUGAUGUGGUAGGUCUGGUAAUGGUGCAAGUCAUUUCCAACCUUGGUGGAGAUGACUUUUCUGCUGUUACGGUAGUAAGGCCUAUUGCUGUUUCUAUUGGGCUUGGUGUAUUGGUGCUACUUAUUUGCAGAUUUGUUGCUAAGCCAGUUACCUUAUGGUGUCAAUCUGUUCUUGAGAAUAAGAAGGACGGAAUGGUAAGAAGUUGUGUGAGCAGUGUUUAUGCUGCUUUGAUUAUUCACACUGCAAUUCUGCUUGGUUUGGUCACUGGGGCUACUUAUGCAGGGACUUCAAACCUCUUCGCUGCGUAUCUCGCUGGAGCAGCCAUCAGCUGGUGGGACGGCGAAUUCACAAAGCCUACUCCAGCAGCAUCCAAUACACCUAAUAUCCAAACCACAUCCAGCACUCACACUCAAGAAAACAUUUCAUCAACCACGAUACCUGCAAACACCACCCCAUCAACCCCUUCACUACCUCCACCAACGACAACCACUCCCUCUCAAACAUCAGGAACCGCAACCUUCACCCGCUUCUACGAGCCAGCCCUCCAUCGCAUCCUUAAACCCCUCUUCUUCGCCUCUAUCGGCUUCGCCAUUCCAAUUACCAAACUCUUUUCCGGCCCCAUAAUGUGGCGUGGCAUAAUCUACACCAUCUUAAUGCUCAUCAGUAAACUCGCCACAGGGUUUUGGCUUCUUAAAUUUUCUGUUCCUAUUUUCUCGAAACUGGCAUUGAAAUUCAGACGCAAGACAUUGAAAAACAGCAAAUUGAAGAAAUCCCAGAAGCCGAUUACGAGCAAUACCGGAGUCCAGCUCCAACACAUCCCCUCGCAGCCAUCCCAACCCACCACUGCGUCCUCAUCUUCACCCACUCCAGCAAACACCUCCCUCCCCCGGCAGCCCCCGAAAGCCAACACCACUCCUACCAAAGUACCACUAUCCCUUUAUCCAGCAGCUAUGCUCGGCACAGCCAUGACGGCCCGCGGUGAGAUCGGCUUCCUCAUCGCUUCGCUGGCAGAGACAACGGGGGUAUUCUCUUCCCAGACCACUACACCCGUGGAAUCAUCAGAGAUCUAUCUCAUUACCACGUGGGCGAUUGUGCUCUGUACUAUCAUCGGACCGCUAGCGACUGGAACGCUGGUUAAGCGGGUGAGAAGAUUGGAGAAGGAGCUAGUCGCGAAAGGAAAGAGUGGAAGAGAAGGACCGUUGGGAGUCUGGGGCCUUAGUUGA